AUGGCAAUUUGGGAUAACGUCUUUACGCCUGUUUCACCUAUUAUUGCUAAUUGUAAUAUUGUAAUUAUGUGGUCAUAUGCCUUGAAUGAAAAAGAUGCUCGAGAGGCAAAUAAUGGCACAUGGAGUCCAAAUCACUUUGUUCCACUCAUUUCACAAGCUAUUCAUAAUGAUUCUAACAAUGAUCCUUCAACUUUUGAUUUAUCGUCGUUUUAUUGUCAAAACAAUGUUAUCUUAUACAAAAGUGGUUUAUUUCAACAAAAGAAAGAGGAUAUUUGUGUAAUUUGUCAAAAAUGUCAUGGUGCUCUUUCGAAGGGAUCUAUUCCUAAGUUUUCAGCUGCCAAUAAUAUGUGGUUAGGUGAUAUACCUGUUGAAUUACAAGGACUGACGAUUCCAGAAGAAAAAUUGAUAUCAUUUUAUCGUCACAACAGCUGUAUAAUAAAACUUCAUUCGCCUUUUCAUUCAACUACAACUGCCCAAACAGCACUGAAAGGCAACUGCAUUACCUUUCUUCAAAAUGUACCAAAUAUCGUCAAUAGUUUACCACUUACACUUGACGAUCUAUGUGAUACACUUAAAGUGAUUUUUAUUGGAGCUCGACCUCUCGAUCGUAUUCAUCUUAAAAAAAGUCCUAACAAUCUCAACAAUAUUGCUCGAUUACCUGAAGACGAUGUACCAGAAUGUAUUAUGUCAACGAUGGAACAGAUGUUAGGUGAUGAAGAAAUUCAAGCUGAAAGAGUUGGAUAUGUUCCUGAUCCAUUAUCUGAUCCAACAGAACAUACUACUGCAGAUACUAUUCCAAUUAGUAACAGUGGUGUUCUCGAUGUCAAUGGUGCAUCAGUAUCUUCAGAGGAGAUUGCUACCUAUUUGUUGCACAAAAUUAAAAAUAAUGAAAACAAGGAUCAGAUGGGUAUCGAAAAUGUUUACUUAAUUCCUCAUUCAUCGAAGCCUGUCAACAAAUAUUUCAAUUCAAAAUUAUUAACAGGUCUAUAUCCAACUUUAUUCUGUUAUGGACGUGGAGCACCUGAAGAUCAAUCACGUCCAGUUCAGAUAAAGUUAAAAGAACACAUACGUUAUCUAUUAUCUUAUAACGAUCAUCGUUUUGAAACAAAUCACAGUUUUAUAUUUGUAGUCUUCAAUUUAUUACAACGCCGUGAUGCCUGCUUUCAUGCUCAAUUAAUAGCAACAAAACCUUAUUUUCAAGCAUCUGCUGAUGAAAUUCUAUCUUUGAAUAGUAAAGAUAUUGAAACAGUCCUUGACAAUAAUUUUAAAAGAAUAUACAAUUCAGAAUCAAGCAAUGCAUUAGACAAAUUGCUGCAGCAUAUUAAAACUAUUGGUGGCCGAGUUAUGGGUUCAGCAUACUCACGAACAGCUUUACGCACCCGAAUCCAUGCACUUAUCUAUAACCAAGGACUACCUAGCAUAUUUCUUACUUUAAAUCCAGCCGAUAUCCACAGCCCCGUAGCAUUAUACUUUGCAGGUGUUAAACUUGAUCUGGACAAUAUCCAAAACGAUCAACUUAUGGAUACGUACAAAAGAGCUGAAAUUAUAGCAUCUCAUCCAGUUGCUACUGCAAAAUUUUUUCAUUUAUUAAUUACUAACAUUUUAAAUACUAUGAUUAGUGAUGGUGUUCUUGGACCAAUAAAGGCUUAUUUUGGUACUGUUGAAAGUCAAGGCCGAGGUUCAUUUCAUUUACAUCUCCUUAUUUGGCUUGAUUAUGAUAUGAAACCAGCUGAUAUGAAACAAAAGAUUCAAAAUGCUGAUUUUCGUGAAAAGUUGAAAGCAUACUUAGAAGACAUCAUCAAAGAAGAUUUAGACGAUUUCAAAGAGAACCAUGUCUUUGAAUGUUCAAACGUACCAAGAUCAUUCAAUACUCCCACACGAUUAUCACAAGAUAAUAUUUAUGCCGCUUUACGUACUAUUGAUUUAACAGGUUUAGCCGAAAAAAUAAAUAAAUCUCUUGUUUGGUCAACACCAAUCAAGCAACAACUUUCUCCGUCAAUUCCUUAUGCUUCACCCUCAAUUCCUUACGCUUCUCCAUUAUUGAAUAAAUCGUUACAGACACCAACACAUGAUCGACCAACAUCUACUUGCUUACCAACUCCAAAUCCAUCAUCACCUAAUUUUGCAGCACGCUUUCGUGCAGAUGUGGUACAACUUGUCGAAACAGGCAACAAGCACAAGCAUAGUGACACAUGUUACAAGUAUUCUAAUCCUAAACAAGGUGACAAGAAAAUUUGUCGAUUGCGUAUGCCACGCAAAUUGGUGCCAGUCUCGACAAUUGAUCCUGAUACUGGCCAUAUUUCUGUGCGCCGAUCAGAUCCAUGGAUUAACAAUUUUAAUGAAUACCUUAUUGCGGCUUGUCGAUCCAACAUGGAUAUCAAAUUUAUUUGGAGUGAUAGUGAUGCAAAGGCUCUCGUUUAUUAUAUUACUGAUUCUGUGACAAAGAUGAGUCUCUCUUUUCAUGAUACAUUUGCUCUUGUACAAAAAAGCAUUACAUCAUAUAUGAAUCCAUCGCAUCAAACAGACAAAGCAGAUGCAAUUGAAAAAUCACGGAAACUCGUUUUACGAUGUUAUAAUACACUUGCUUCUCAACAAGAGCUAUCUGAAGUUCAAGUUGCUUCAUAUCUUAUGAAUUGGGAUGAUCAUUACACAACACAUAAGUUUCAAGGCGUUUAUUUAAUUCAAACCGAACUGUAUUUACAAACGCAGUUGAAUGAAUUACGCUCCAAACAAAAAUCCGAAGGUUCGAUGCAAGAUGCAAUUGACGAUGAUGUAUAUGAUGACGAAGGUAUUGAUGAUGAAAACAAUAACGAAGAACAUUUUCAAAUUCAAUCAACUGAAAACGAUAAAAAAUAUGUACUCGUUAAUACAAGAAUUGAUUAUCAAUAUCGCUCCGAUGUUCUCAAUGAUAUGUGUUUAUACGACUUUGUCAGCACACUGUAUAAGAAAAAAAUGAACAGAGCAGAUUUGAAAUAUUUAUCUGAAGCUGCAACAUCGAUGACAGACAAAAUUAACGAAAAAGAUCGACCACAUUAUCAACGUUAUCCUUUUCAAAAGCAGCAUCCACAAAUAACAACACAUCUUUUGAUGGAAUACAGUGAGCGUCAUGUACCUAUUCUUUAUGGUCCACAAAUUCCUCGACGAGAUCGUGAUGAUACUCGAGAACGAUACAGUCGAGCUCUUCUCACACUUUUUGUACCUUGGCGCACUGUUACAGAUCUUUGUGACAUCAAUCAAACAUGGGAAGAUGCUCUUAAAUCUCGACAAAAUCGUGUUUCCAUUCGUUCAUGGAAGAUCAUAGAAAAUAUUCAACUUUUACAUGAAUGUAGAAAAGAUCGCGAUGAGCAUUUACUUCAAGUUAUUACUGAAGCUCAAACGGAUAAUGAUACAAUCACCGAUUCCGUCCUUUUGCCUGCAAAUCAACACAUUGAUGGCGAAUAUGAUAUGGACCAUAGUGAAGACUUAUUAGAAUUAAUAGGCAAUAUAGAUGAAUACACAACUGCAGUGAUUAAUGUCACAAAAAGAUCAACAGAAGAUAAAUAUAUUGAAGAAGCUAUUGAAGCAGUCGAAAGUGUUGGACGAUUUAAUCAUAUAAAUAGUAAUAAUAAUGGUCAACUUAUAAUGUGCAUACCCGGAUAUGGCGGUACAGGCAAAUCACAACUUAUUCGUGCUCUCAGCAAAUACUUUCUUGUUACGAAAAGAAUGCAAAUGAUGCGAAAGCUUGCACCCACUGAAAUUGCUGCUGCUGAAAUAGGUGGUAUGACAAUUCAUUCAUUUUUGGGAGAACAACGUAAUUCCGGAAAGCCACGAACUAUCAAGCCAGGUGAUUUAAAACUCGAAAAAGAAUGGAGACUCGUCGAAUUUUUAUUAAUCGAUGAAAUGAGUAUGGUUGGUUUGAAUUUACUAGCAAAACUCAAUCGAAUCAUUUGCUCUGCAAAACAUGUCGAUCCACAAGUGCCAUUUGGCGGUGUAAAUGUUAUCUUUUUCGGUGACUAUUUACAAUAUCGACCUGUUUAUGAUGCACCAUUACACACCGAUUUUUCAGGACUAUCAAAAAAGAAAUCAGGUAAAUUGCCCAAUGAAAAAGAAAUUCAACAACGUGUUGCACGUUCUUUAAUUCUUCAAAUCAACUGCGUCGUAAAACUUACUCAACAGAUGCAAACAGAAGAUCCACGGUAUCUUCAGUUGUUUGAAAGACUUCGUCAUGGACAAUGCAACUACGACGAUUACGAAUUAUUAUUGACACGAGUUAUUAGACAACCAUCAGUAGGCUCUCUGCAUGAUGCACCUUGGAAUAAAGUCCCGAUCCUUGUGUUUCGAAAUGAAGUACGAACACAAUUGAACAACAAGGCAGCAAUUUAUAAGGCAAAAGAAAUGGGACAAAGACCCAUGGUAUGUGUCGCACAAGAUACUUGGAAAGGCAAACCAAUUGAAGAUCCGACACUCAUUAAAAAACUGUUAGAGUUAUCCGAUAGAAAAACUGAGCAUUUACCAGGUCUGUUGCCUUUUGUUCCUGGAAUGCCUGUUAUAUUAACACAAAACAUUGCUAUUGAAUUGGGGCUUAUUAACGGAACGAAUGGAAUUUUUCGACAACUAGUGUAUGAAGAAGAUUCUGUGUCAACAGAUAUUCUUUCGGAAACAUCUCCAAACAACACACAAUACAUUCAUCGACCUUUGUAUGCAUUAGUUGAAGUUCUCAAAUCGAAGAUUGAUUGUAAUCUUGAACAACUUCAACCAAAUCUCGUUCCGAUACCAUUAAUGGAACAAACAUUUCGAAUUGAUAUUGCUGAUGUUCUACCAAAAGAUAAGAAACCAAAAUCAAAUCGAAAGGCAAUUUUAUCAAUAAAGCGGCGUGCACUACCACUCGUACCUGCUUAUUGUAUUACGACACAUAAAAGUCAAGGCCAAACUUUAAAUAAUGUUGUAAUUGAUUUGAAACUGCCAAAUGAAACUGAUGACAUUGCUGCAAUUUAUGUACCAUUGUCACGUGUAAAACGCUUGGCUGAUUUGGUCAUUUUGCGACAUUUUGACUACAAGGUUUUAUUAAUCAAACCAAGUAAAUCUCAACUUGCCGAAAUAGAAAGACUAGAUAAAUUAUAUUCAGAAACACAAAAGCAUUUUUCUGAGUGGUUUUAA